GUUUGGGUUUGGAAAAGCACGGCUACAUCUUGGGCCAAAGAUCCCUUUCCUCCCUUGCCUUCGAUGAUGGCCACCUGUCUGCCUUUCCCUUUCUCCCCAGGGUAGAUCACAGGGUCCCAGAGGGAGGCAGAGUCUGUACUGUUACAUAGGUGAGAGAACUGAGGCCCAAAGAAAUAAAACUCUGAGGGUCACACAAUGGGGGUACACCCAGCACUAGAGGCCAAGGCAGGUGUUAGUGACCCUGUCCUGGGUUGCCCUUCUGUCCCCACCGCUGGUCUGUAAGCCUUGUGAGGUCUGGUACCCCCACCCUCACCCCACAUACACCUCUCAUGGCCUCACACAGCACCUGUACUUAAGAGAGAUUGAGUAAAUGCUUCUGGCACGAAUUGAACUCCUGAGACGCUGGAGUUGCACUGUCUGGGUGAAGCCAGAGGAGCUGAGACUCCAAGAGGAGAGGGGAUGUGUCCAUAGAUGUGGACAGGCCAGGCCGGUGCUUGUCACCAUGCACAGUUGUCCUGUUGCCUCCCCUUCAGCCCCCGGAGAGUGGGGAAGGGGAUGGGGAGGGGCUCCCGGGGGGCUCCUACCACACAGCCUAGGAGAGGCAUAAGCACUCAUCAGUGGCUCAUCCAUCAGGUCCUGGCACUGUGGUCUCUGGUCCUCACAGCAACUCCUGGAGGAAGGGGUUGUCUCCAUCUUAGGUGAGGAAACUGGCUGAGAGGAAGUCACUUCCCAGAGUUGCCUAAUUCGGCAUGUGACUCCUGUUCCCAGUAUCGUAGGUCCUUCAGAUCAGGGAAUUGAUCCCAGGAUGACAGUUCUCAUCAACCCUGAUCAGUGGGUAGAGGCCUCCUAGAGCACCACGUCAGGAAAAGCUCUGAGGCCCAGUGCGGUUCCCUCGGAGGCAGUGCUGUGAUUGAGUAGUGACCUCCACAGUGGUAUGGCUGUAGGUAGGAUCAAAAGACAUCAUCUUUCCAUCAUGUGGCCUCCACCGCCCUGGAGCCUCAUUUCUCUAUGGGAAUAUUCAGCUUCCAAGUCUCGUCUUCAUAACUGUUCCCUCCGAAGCUUAUGGGACCACCAUCACCAGUCCAGAUUCAGUCUAAGGCACUGGUCCGGACUGGUAAAGUGACUCACCUGGUCUUCACUGCAAGUUAGCGUCCAAGGUUUCUGGCUCUCUGAAGAUCUUUCCUCUUCACGGAGCUGAGGCUGGUGGUUUCUGUCCAGGGGAACUCACAUUGCUCAUCCCUUCUCCGAUCCAGCAACCCUGUUGAAAAACAGUAUGCCUCCCAGGAAAGAACUGCUCUCCCAGAGGGUGCCGACACCAGCUGACCUCCAGGAGUAGCUGCAGACGUGGGGGAGAAUGCAAGUCCAGCCCUAGCCCGUCGUCACCGGCUCCGACCACCUGCCACUGGGAAUGUCCAGGCCUGGCACAGAACAGGGGCCCCGGCCGAGGUGGCCGCUGUGCAGGGCUGGGCGCGGGCCUCGUCCAGGGUGCUCCAGGAACAGGCACAACAGCCCCCACCAUGCUGUGGCCCCUGCUGCUGCCCCCACUGCUGUUGCUUGCUGUGAGCGGGGCCCAGACGACCCGGCCAUGCUUCCCCGGAUGCCAGUGCGAGGUGGAGACCUUUGGCCUCUUCGACAGCUUCAGCCUGACCCGCGUGGAUUGCAGUGGCCUGGGCCCCCACAUCGUGCCUGUGCCCAUCCCCUUGGACACCGCCCACUUGGACCUGUCCUCCAACCGGCUGGAGACCGUGAAUGAGUCGGUGCUGGCAGGGCCGGGCUAUACCACACUGGCUGGGCUGGAUCUCAGCCACAACCUGCUCACCAGCAUCUCGCCCACCGCCUUCUCCCGCCUUCGCUACCUAGAGUCACUUGACAUCAGCCACAACGGCCUGGCAGCCCUGCCGGCGGAAAGCUUCACCAGCUCACCCCUGAGCGACGUGAAUCUCAGCCACAACCAGCUCCGGGAGGUCUCGGUGUCGGCCUUCAGUACCCACAGCCAGGGCCGGGCGCUGCACGUGGACCUCUCCCACAACCUCAUCCACCGCCUUGUGCCCCACCCUGCGGGGGCCAGCCUGCCCACACCCACCAUCCAGAGCCUGAACCUGGCCUGGAACCGGCUCCGCACCAUCCCUGACCUCCGGGACCUGCCCCUGCGCUACCUGAGCCUGGAUGGCAAUCCCCUGGCUGCUGUGGGCCCCGGUGCCUUCAGGGGGCUGGCGGGCCUGACACACCUGUCACUAGGAAGCCUGCAAGGCCUCCCCCAGCUGGCACCCUAUGGCUUUCGUGAGUUGCAGAGCUUGCAGGUCUUGGACCUGUCAGGCAACCCUAAGCUCAAGUGGGCAGGAGCUGAGGUAUUCUCAGGCCUGGGCUCCCUGCAGGAGCUGGACCUGUCAGGCACGAGCCUGCUGCCUCUGCCCGAGACGCUGCUCAUCCACCUGCCAGCACUGCAGAGCAUCAGUGUGGGCCAGGGUAUGCGGUGCCAGCGGCUGGUGCGGGAGGGCGCCUACCCCCGGCAGCCUGGCUCUAGCCCCAAGGUGGCCCUGCACUGCAGAGAUGCCCGGGGAUCGGCUGCUGAGCGCCCCAACACUUUGUGACAAAUGGUGUAGCCUGGGGCCACAGAACAGACUGCUGCCCUGGGCUUCCUCAGGUCCUGGGUAACUUAUAUUUUCAUGUGCCAACGCCGGGGGUGGGGGAGACCCUGCAGGCCCGUGUGGCAGCAUCCUUGGAAAAGAGCUGUGGACCCAGGGGGAGGCUUUGGAGCUGGGACCAACACCCAGGAGCAAAGUCUUGCCCCCUUUGUCAUCCCCCAAACCAUAAGGAGAAAGUCUUUGAUGCCAAACCAGACAGCAGUCCCCUGCUGUCCUUCCCCACUUUGUCCCCAAAGUGCCUUCCCUCAGGCCUGGGCCAGCCUGACUUGUGACAGAAGGAGGGUGGAAGAGAGCCCCUGCUGCAGGGCUGAGGUCAGGCCCACAGCUAAGCAUCCCCUCGGGCCUGCAGUCCAGUCACAUGGGCAGGGGUGGCUUUUACAAGGCAGUCCGCCUCUUUGUUCUGGGCACACGAGGCCUCCUUCCUCCUUUUCUUUUCCUCUAGAACCUGGGUAGAACCUUCGUCAUGGAAGGGACUAGAAAAAAAUACCAAGUGUACCUCCUCGCAACCGAGGGGGCAGCUGAGGUCUAGAAAAGGAACAUGGCUAAUCUGAGGUAAUGCAGCAGAGGCAUGACCGGCCCCAGCACCCUGCCUCCCAGGGAGGCCCUUUUACUUUUCUGUCUUCUCUAAAUCAUGCCCUCUGUCCCCUUCCCAGGCUCCUGCAUCCCAGGACAGGCAAGGACCCAGGACAGGCAAGGACCUCAGAGGUGGGACCCUGGGCCCCAUAACCAGCUGUGUGGCACUGGUUAAGUCAGGUCACCGCGGAGUCUCUGGAAGCUUCAGGCAAGCCAGUUCGAGGCCUACCAGUUUCCCCACUCUGGCAUGGGGUCCCCCAGCGUCAAGAAUGAAAAUGCAUCCAGUGACCCCUGAGGUACUGCCUUGAAACCCAGGUCUUGGAGGUCAAUGAAGUUCUGGAAGCCCCAAGGGGCCUCCUGGGUUCAGCCUCCCACUAGCUCUGAGCCCAAGGCCCUAUCUCACCCAUCCAUCAGGAGGUGGGUACCCCCAUCAGUGUUUAUGCUCCGCCCAGGUGGCAUCUCAGCUUCCCAGCCCUGGGCUCUUUCCUUAGUAUUUGUUUUAUAAAAAUUGUUGCCUUUGUAAUGGACUGUCACUUGGACCACCCCCAUCCCCCCACCCCUGCCGGCAGGGGCUGGAAACGUGUCAUUUGUAAAAGAAGGAAAACAUUGCAUUUGUUCACUUUUGUAAUGCUGUGUCCUGGGGAUGCCUUGUGGGAGGAGGUGUUGGGGGAGAAGCCAGGCAUAGGUGGCCCAUUGGGGCUCCGUGGGCUGGUCCCACAGAGAUGCCCACAGGACAGUGAGAGCUCCAUCCUCCCCCACCAGGCCCACCCUACACCUACCUGGUCCUUGAUUUAAUAAACACUACAAACAGUC